AAUACUCGCGCCGGCAUGCACGAUGUCUUAUUGUCAACAUCCAAGGAUGUGGUUGGGUAUGAAAACUGCUGCCACCACGGCUCAAAUGUGAAGGGGUCCACGAGGUCGCGUUCGAUGUCAUGCUCGAUUGGACCUGGGUCAAACUCUUUCCCCCGCAGUCUGUCCAUCCCUGAGUGCUCUGCUAGCUGCUCUCACGGCUCGAUCUCUAUUCACGUUUCAACGAUUGUCCGCUGGCUGCGAUCACUGUUCCUUCAAACUUUGCCGGCCCAUAAUAAGCACACGAACGAUUCGUUCGAGUGAGUCUCAUCAUGUCCACUCUUGCCUCUUCUCCUCCUGGUACGCGGGCCAGCUUCGGUGGCGAGGCCGGCGCUGCGCUUGUCUUCCUCGUCGCGUAUCUUGUAGUAUUCGCGUGGAUGUUGUUUGGCUUCUUCACGCAUCGCCUGAAAUGGCGUUCCCGCUAUCUGUUGCUAUUCUUCCACGUCACCAUCCGGCUUGCAUCCCAGGGCUGCGGGAUCGCGUUUGGCGUGCUGGGGUUCUCGAACGUAAACGUAUUCCUGGCGUUCCUGAUUCUCGGUGCCGAGGGCUACUUCUCGCUGGUGCUGUGCGCGUUCCGCUUCCUGAUCUCCUGGCACCAGCACAACCUCGCGUCGGGCGAAUCCUGGCUCGCGCCGCGCGACGCGCCAACAAGCUCCGCCUCCAAGCUACGCAAGGCGCUGCAGUUCUCGCUGCUCGGCCGCCUCGCGUCCCGAGUCUCCCGCGGCAGCCCGAUGGGGCUCGUACACUGCCUCCUCAUCGGCGCGAACGUCGCUAUCGUCGUGGGCGGGUCGUACCUGGCCGGCGCGGACCUCGCGCACCCGGCCUCGCGCGACACGCGGACGAGUCUGCGCGUGUCGAAGAUCGCGCGGUCGGCGGGGCAGAGCGUGUUCCUUGCUAUCAAUACCGCCCUGUUGUUUGUUAUUCUCGCGACGAUCCGCGAUAACAGGCGGGAUGGCGAUGCGCGCGGCAGGAAAGGGACGACGCAUCCGACGCUGGUCCUUCUAUUCAUCGCCUGGUUCCCGCUCAUUGUGCGGGGCAUCUUCGGGCUCUUGCAGGCCUGCGUGUGGAGUCUGUCUUACUAUAAUCCUGUGAACUACAACGCAGGAGGCUUCACCUCAAGAUUCACUGCACUCGAAUACAUCCUCGGUGUGCUCACCGAGUGGCUUGCCUGCAUCAUUCUGAACGCGACAUACCUGACGUCCCGGCAUGACCCGGAGAAGCGGGCCGUGGCUGGAGUGAAUGGGGCAGAGCGCGGCGAAAGUGACGACGGUACAUCGCUCAACCGGCUGCACGGCCGAAACGUCGAAGCGUAGAUAUUCAAGUCCUUGCGAAGGUGCCAAACUUGCCAGUUAACUAAUUUCCGUAUGAAUCUUCUUGGGAAUUUUGAGGGAACAGGGUACAUCAUGAACCGAAGUUCAACUGAAAACAGAUCGGGUUAAAUGCUGGGAGAAUCAAGUCAUUUUCUAGAAUAUGCUAAGCUCAAUAUGGGGCACUGGGAAGUUGUUGUGAGAGCCGACCACGCUCGAUGGCAACCUUCCGCAUGCCAGCUUGAGCACAGCCGAGCCCUUGUGAAUCAUAUAUUCCUUUAUAUACUCUCGGAAAACCGGUCGGUCUCUUGUCGCAACGCAGGGCCUGUGAUGUUCGUCCUCGGGAGUUGUUUUUUGUUGUUGGAGAAGACAGUCGCAAACGAGACGACGAGGGAGAUGGGUCACUACUCCGACUCGGUGGAGUGGAUGGCCUCAUGCUAGAUUGGCAGUCGGAG